ACUAUUGUGCUGUAAGAAAUGAAGGAUGGUGUCAGAGAAAUCUAGAAUGACUUGUGUGAACUGAUGCAGAAUCAAAUGAUCAGAACUAAGAGAAUAAUUUCUACUCUUACAGCAACAUUGUAAAGACUUCCAACUCUGAAAGACUUGAGCAACAAAGACUGUAUCCAACCACAGACCAGAAGACGGAUGAAGUAAUCUAGCCCCUUUCAGACAAGGAGGCUAUCAAUCUCGGGUGCAGAAUGAGACUUACACUUUGGGUCGGGGAUCUGCUGUUCUUGAUUAUACAUAUUUGUUACGGGGGUUAUUUAGGUGGGGAGAGGUGAGAGAGUGAGAGAGAGAGAAGCAAUGUUUGUUAAUUGAAAAUUUUUUAAAGAAAAAAAGUCUUGCCCCUGCCACCCGAGGUGGCCCAGCCGGUCAGGUAACGGCUUGGGACGAGAUUUCCUCCUUAAGCUCCUUCAGACAAUGCUAGUUCUGUUCCUCCCCCUGCCUCCGGGCUGCUGGACGUCCCUCCCUCCCCUCCGCUCGGGGGUGGGGGAGGUGGAGGGGGUGUGGAGAAGCCCGACCCACCCCGCCAGUUUCGGUCUCUUCCUCCCCCCAACCCCCCAGCCCCAAGGCUUUCCCCCCUCUUUUUUAAGAGGGAGGGAGAUGCCGGACAGACACCGCCCCCCACUCUCGUCCCACCCCUCGAACCCAGCUCCCGCCUCCUUUCCCUCCUCCACUCCCCCCAGCAGAUUUCCUCCUUUCCUCUCUACUUCUCUCCUGCAUCCCCCCUCCCAUGCCACCCCCACCCCGGCUCAUUUACAUCCUGGAGCCGCUGGCCCAGCCCUGCCCCGCCCCACCCGGGCCCGAACUAAAGCGACGUGUCCUUGUCCCCCGUGGGCAGCCCGAGCCCGCUGGCCCCGCGCACCUGUCCCGGCCGAGCACCUGUUCCAAACCCGCUUCUCUGAUCUGCAGGAGGAAAAAAAAAUUGGAGAUAAGCCUCGGUUGUCAUUUCCCAUCUUCUACUGAAAUAUGAAGACCAAAAACAAACCCACAAAGCGCAAGAUUUUGGCGGACAAAGAGACAUUUCAUGGUGAGCCAACAUCCAGUAAACAGGACCUGGAGAAAUGUUUGAGGAGUAGGGACAGGCGGAAGGGGGAGAAGGCUGAGGGCAGCAAGGUAGGGCCUGCCAGGAAGAAGUCAUCCUCGGGCAGCCGGGAAAGCAAUUUGAGGAGGCUGGAGAGCAACGAAAGGGAGAGGCAGAGGAUGCACAAACUCAACAAUGCCUUCCAAGCUUUGCGAGAAGUCAUUCCCCACGUCAGAGCGGAGAAGAAGCUUUCCAAAAUUGAGACCCUCACUCUGGCCAAAAACUAUAUCAAAUGUCUGACCUCCACCAUCCUCAACAUGUCCAAUGGUUGUCUCCCUCCUCUGGAAGGGGAAGGAUCUGCUCACAACUCCAAAUUCUAUCAGCACUAUCAGCAGCAACGAGGAGAUGAGGAUAAUGAAGACCACCUAAAGAAAUACUCCACCCAGAUCCACAGCUUUCGGGAGGGGAGCUAGAGGGACCUCCUCCCUCUGCACCAACAUCAUGACACCUACGGCAAGGAGUAAUGGACUCUGAAAAGGUGUAACUGCUAGUCACCCUAUUUUUAUUAUCUGUUACAUUUUGGCCAACAUCUCAAAUUUUCAUGCACAGACUACUGGACGAUAUUUUUUUCCCAUACAGAAAUAGUAAAAGUGGUUCAUCUUCCUUUUAAAAAAUAACCAGUUCCUGAGAAAAACUUGAACUGAAAGCCCCUUGCUCAAUCACAGUCCCCAGAGGGCAUUUUCCACCCCUCAGCCUCAGGCACUGUGUGACUCUCAACUCUGGAUACCUGAGUGUACUCAGACAGGUGUCCAAGGCCUGAUUCUUGUAUUAUCCAUUUGAAAUGUACCUAGAGGGGAAGGAAAUGGAAACAGAAUUGACUCAUCUGGAGCCUGUUGUGACCCAGGUGGUGCUUUAUUCCUAUAAAUAUUUUGACCUUUGUAAGAGAAACAUUUCUGACCCUCUCUCGUGUGACAAAUAACAUUGUAGGAGAUUAUUUUUUGUAAAUAUUGUCAACGGAAAUCAAAAUCUCGGUCUAACCUUUUUGCGGUGGAUUCCUUUUGUUUUGGUCAGAAACCGUGAUGUAUUUGAUUUAUGUAGGGAACUCUACUAAAUGCAAAUGGCAACUCUAUAAUUCAAUACCUUAUAGUGUUAGUGACUUGACCACAGUCACACAGUUAAUAUGCCAGAGGUAAGAAAUGAAUCCAUCUUCUCUCUAACCACAGUGCCAUGCUGACAACUUCAAUCAAAUAUCAUUCUAUGACUGUUUGAAUGUUGGAAGGGACUUUCAUAAUUAUCUAAUUCACUUCUUUCAUUUUGCAGAUAAGGAAACUUUGCGCUUAGGCCAGUAAAGUGCUCACUUAUCAAAAGUGCAGCAGGGUGGGGCUAUAGUUAUUUUUUUGCUUCUGGUCAGUGAUAGAAUAGAAAUCCUGUACAACUAACUGCAGAGCGGGAGUUCUUAACCAUUUUAAUGUCAUGGAUCCCUUUGACUGUCUGAUGAAGCCCAUGAACUCUUUCUUAGAAAAAUGUUUUUAAAUAAAAGAAGGAAAUGCUAAAUUUUAGUUAAAAGGGAAAAUAAAGCAAUCCUUCCCCCAAAAAAACAAGUACACAGAUCUCUCUAAAAUCUAUCUACAAGCCUUUUUGGAGCCUUUGAAUGCCAGGUUAAAAACAUUUAUUCUAGAGGAAGUUUUACUAAGAAGGCGGGUUUUAUGUCUUUUUUUCUCCUUUUUAUGAUUUUCUAAAAGACUCUUGGAAGAAGAAAGAUGGAACCAAUUCCUGCAAGUUUGUGGAACAUUGUUGGUGAGAUCUGUACAGAAAUUCUUGCAAUUCAUGAACUAGACACAAAAAUCAUGGAUCAGUCAGUGCCUUGAAAGGACUUUUUGUAUUGGGUACAAAAAGUAUGCUUUAUACAAAAUUGGGGAGAAAAUACUCUAGGUCCUGGGCACUAGCCGCUCUAAGUGUUAAUUUGCAGACUUUCAAUGCCUUCUUUUUCAUGUGCAUCCAUCCUUGUGGAAGAAAAACAUGUUGCUUUUCUUCGUGCAGAAAUUCUGGCUUUCCCUUGGAGUCAGAUUGCCCUGUUCUUCCAGGUGCAGAGUUUUGCCAAACUCCAUUCUGCUCUCUUUUCUGGUUGGGAUGAACUCUAUCAACAAUUCUUCGAAUAGUUGUUUGUGUUCAUUGUGCAUUGUUCCAGGUGAGGGGUGAUGGGGGAAGCUGCACACUUCCCCCAUGUACAGCUGCCCACUUUCCUUGACACCCCUACUUCCCCUGUGAGUGUCUAGUUAGGGAGUCAGGUAGGAGGGGACGUGGUCCUUGUGUUCCCUUGGCUGCUGUAGAGAUCCUGGUGGGCUGCUCAGGUGCUUGAGAACUAGGCCAUAUGAGAAUCAUUUCUUAGAUACAUUUCCUUGUGUUUCAUAGCAGAAGGAGGUGGUGAACUUUGAGACAGGAAGGAUGGCACAGGGUGCUUUUGCCUCAUGAAAACAAUAGUAUUUCUUACAUGCAUAAGACACGUGUGUAAGACUGUGUUUUCUGCUUGGUAGAUUUCACAAAUACUACGUGCUCCUGGGGAGGGCUGGAAUUCUUAGUACGAUUCUCUUUGGAAUGAUAGAGGGUUUCUCCUCCAAAGAUCUUCAGAAGAAUUGUAAAGUUAAUAUAGUGUCCAUGAGCAUGAGGGGAGCUGAUAAGUGUUAAAAUGUUAUUUAAUUGAAUUAUAGUUUGAUUAUAUAAUAGGAUUGUGACCACUGAGCUCUAUGCAAUAAUCAGGGAAAUAUGCUGGUUGCUGGCUAAAGUUGGAAACUUAAAACCCAACUCUAAAUCUGUUUUUUGAGGGCAGCUAGGUGGUUUUGAAGUCAGAAAGACCCAAGUUCAAAUCCAGCCUCAGAUACUCCCUAGUUGUGUGACCCUGGGCAAACCACUUAACCAUGUUUGCCUCAGUUUUCUCAUCUGUAAAGUGAGCUGGAGAAAGAAAUGGUAAACCACUCCAGUAUCUUUGCCAAGAAAACCCCAAAUGGGGUCCCAAAGUUGCAUAGAGUGAAACAAUUGAACAAUAAAAGAUCUGUUUUAUGAUGCUGUGAUUAGAGAUGAAGUGUUUUUCAUGGGGCGCUAGAAAUAGGGUAUAUGUGUCCCCCCCACAAUCUCUUUCUAGUCCCCAACUAAAAGCAUUAUUUUCAGUGUCUUAAUGAUAGAAACUAAUAGCUACUUGACCAUGAGCAAAUCAUAACCUCUUAGCCUCAGACAGCUCUCCAAGAGUUAUAGAGAUCUGCCUCCCACAUCAUACUUCAAAUCACAGGUCCAGGAUGAAUUGACUCAUUUUCAAGAAACUGUUUUAUUUAGUGCCAAAUUAUGCCAGGUUUGAACACUCAGUAGGAAUUUUGUGACUAUUUCUAGUCAACAUCCUACUGGCUGUCUACCAGACCAUGCUUCAUAAUUUCCCUUUUUUUCCCCACUGGUCUGGUUUGGGGGAGCAAAACUUAACAAAGUGAAGGAGGCUUUGAGUCUAGGGGAGCCUCAGAGACAGAUAGCUGAGCGAACCUGAGGCAGUCCCAGUCUCUGAAUCCCAGUCGGCCUAGCGUAAAUGAACAGGGCCCCUUCAAAGUGCUUUCCUCACCACAGCUCUUUAGAUUAAUUAGGCAGCUCUUGUUAACCCUGUCUUUCAGAUGCCCAGAGAAGUUCAAUGAUUUGUCUUUGGAGGUAGGAUUCAAAUCCUGGUCUCUGGAUCCCAAGGCUACUGGGCAGGGCCCUACAAUGCUGCUUUCUCUCACCUGGGGCAAUAAAACUUUCUACCUCACGGGGUCAUUGCAAAGAAAGCCCUUUAGAGAAAGAGGUUACAUUAGAAAUCAUUUUACCAAGGAGGAAAUAGAGAGACCCAGAAAUAUUGACUUGUCCAAGAUGAAUGUGUAACUUUAUAGAUAGAAUCGGAGCUAAAAAGUUUUUUUUAAAAUAGAUAUUUCUUCAUUUAUGUAGUAUUUUAGAGGAAGAAAAGUUUAACUCUUAAAAUAUCUUUAUUUUAAUUUUCUAAACACACACACACACACACACACACACACACGGUGUCCCAAAAAAUCUUAAUGCAAGUCUCACACUAGAGGAUGUAUAUUUUAAUAAGGGAAUCAUAAGACUAAGGAUGAGGGGAUCACAUCAGGGUAAAUCCAUCCAUCCAUCCAUCCAUCAAUGACUGUUUACUAAGUGCUGUUUGUGAAGUGCCUGCUAGACCCUGGUGAUAAAAAUACGGAAAUAUGAAACCCUUUUUUGUAAGUAAUUUCCACUUUGACAGGGAUGAAAGCAAAGAAUACAUACAAGUACAACAGAAUAAAUAUAAAGAGUUGUUUGAGAGAAAAGGCACAAGGAGUUAGAAGGGUCAGGAAAGCUUCUUCUGAAGGACAAAUUCUUGGUGGGAAGCGGAGAGUGCAUUCCAGACAUGAAGGCCAAUCCUUGAUGCAAAGUUGAAGGGACAGAAGAUGGUGACAAGGUCAGGCUUGGUUGGACUGUAGAGCACAGGCGGGAAACUAAUGUACAGUGCGUCCAGAGAAAUGGGUUAGAGCAAAGUUGGGAAGGGUUUCAAAGGCUGACAGAACGGUUUAUAUUUUAACAUAUAGGCAAUAGGAAGCUACCAAAGUUUGUGGGUAGGUGAAUAACAUGGUCAGAUCAGCAUUUAAAAAAGACUAGGAAUGGACACGUGUGACUAGGAGAAUUUUAAUUUCUUAUCCAAGUGCUUAGUUGUAUUAUAUGUGAAUAUAUUUUUUCAUAAACUACAAAACAAAUUUUUUUUUUAAGUUCUGAGGUAAAAAGUCCCUCAGGAGAGAGAGAGGCUCUGGGAUCUUUCUGUGCUGGGCUCCUAUUUUUGAUACAAUUUCAUGUACUGUUUACACAAAUAGGAAAAUGAUGGCGGAAUGAGUCAGUCUUGCUGCUGCUCUGGCGUGCAGGAUACCCCAUUGGGAGAGGUUUCCAAGAGUGAAGAUUUCCCCAGGGUGCCAGUCAAUCUUUCCAAACUCACCUGGCAAGGCCGGGCACAGGAGUGAGAGGCAGCUGCUGCUGUUCUAACUAGCUUUUUUGGACUCGGGCAUUCUUAGGGCAAAUAGAGGCAUUAUGAAAUAUCAAAGGGCUUGGCAAGCAGCCCUGUUUACAUAAAAAAGGCAUGAAACAGCAGUGUCCGGCACCCCAAGGUACAGAUAAUGACUCUGAGUUUGAGUCUUAACUUUGCUGAUCAAAUACUGGUCACAGGGACUUGCUGUAACAGUCCUCCUCGCCCCAGCCACAUCUCUUACAAAGCCAAGUGCGGAGGGGCAAUCCCAUAAUAAUGCGGCUGAGUCAAACAGAGGCAGGGUGGUCCGGGUAGUGAAGGGAUAAGGUUUUAGUCCCCGUUUCAGCUUUUACUGUAUAUGACACAGGCAGAUCUAUCUACACACAUAGAUGAACCACUUAUCACUUUGUUGAUACAGGGAACUCCUAGAGAGGAACCUCCCUCCACCAAUGUUGACCAGCCCCUAUUAUUGCCAAAUUAAAUGGCUCACCUAAGUUCUCAUAGAAACCUUACUUCAUGGGAGCACAGAGGUAGAGCUCAUUUUACAGAUGAGGAAACUGAUCCAAGAUUCCUGCUCUGGGUCACGUAUCUAAUAAGUGUCUGAAUUGGGAUCUGACUCUAAGGUUUUCCUGAUUCCAACACUAUCCACUGAACCACACUGCCCCAUCACAUGAGGCACUAGAAUUCACCUCUCUCUGCCUAGGUCCUUAUCUUCCAAACGGGAACAAUAAUGCUUGUUCUGCCCACCUCCCGGGAACUACGAGUCCCAAGUGAGUUAGAGUGGAUGUGAAAGCACUCUGAAAAUCAUUAAGCGUGUCGCACAAAUGUAAGGUAGAUAAUGGAGUUCUUUGUCCUUAUAGAAAUAAAAGAUGUGCCAGAGUUCCUCUCCCCAUCCGAGUGUUUUGAAUUUCUGUAGGUGGGCCUUGGAUGAAAGGCGAGAUUUUCUCCUGAUGUACCUGAGUUUCCUUCCUUUGCAUCUUAGGCGGGGUUUACUCAAAUUAUACUCUGAACACGUUUUUACUUUCCCCAUAAAUAAUAUUAGCAAACCUGCUGCUGUGAACCUCUGGUCAGACUUUGACAGGAUUUUGUGUGAACAGUUCUGACAAGGGUUGGAACGCCCAAAGUGAACUCCUUUUCUGGUCAGUGGGCCCACCGUGCGGUGCCCGCCAAGGACACCCUCCAAGGUGGGUGCUGCUGUUGUGUGGGAUGUUGAAGAAAGACAUGUUUCCAGCACAAGAACUUUGAAAUCCAACACUGAAACCCAAAGGCCUAAUGGAAGAGGAAAGUACUGCUUAGAUAAGUAAAUUCUGUAUUGGAUUGGAUGCAAUAAAUUCAACAUGUGAUUACA